AUGUCAGGUUUUUCAUCACAAUCUAUUCAAGCAUCACUUGUUAGACCAUCCAAAUAUAGACAUUUAAAUGGAUUUGAAACUAAAAGUGAGAGAUAUGAAAAUAUUAAUGUUGGUUAUGGUCAAAAAUUAAGUAAUACAUUAAAAACCAAUGGUUCAAUCUAUGCAUUACCAUUUAAUGUAACAGGUGGUACUUUAUCAUUUAAAUAUUUAAAUGAUUAUGGUAGAUGGGAUGAAAAAUUACAAAAUUAUGGAAUUAUUAAGGCUCACAAGGGAAGAUUAUCAGAUUUUGAUAUUUCCCCUUUUAGAAAUAGAGAUCAUUUAGUAACUGUUUCUAAUUCUGAUAAUAUUAUUAGAUAUUGGAAAUUACCUACAAAUAAUAAUGAUAAUGAUAAUAAUAGCAAUGAUAUUUCUUCUUCUAAUAUUACUUCUACUAAUACUUCCAAUAUAAAUGGUAAUAAUACUAUAUAUAGAACCUAUGAAGAAAUGGAUUGUGAUUUGGAAUUAAAUGAUACAAAUAAUACAAAAUCAACUAUUAGUAGAAUAUCAUUUAAUCCACUUGUUGAUAAUUCACUUGUUAGUAUUCAAGGAGAUUUAAUCCAUUUUUGGGAUGUUGAAAAAAAGAAAAUUUUAAAUUCAAUUCAAAAUUUACCAAAUCCAUCAAUUUCUAGUAAAACAUUACCAACAGUUGAAAGUUUAGGAUGGAAUGAAUAUGGUAAUUUAUUUAUAUGUGGUACAAAUGAUCGUUCCAUUAGAAUUUAUGAUAUUAGAUUAUCUUCCAAUUAUAGUAAUAAUAAUAAUAAUAAUAAUAAUCAAUCUAAUAAUCAACAAAUAUGUAUAACUGAAGGACAUUCAAGUAUGAAACCAUUUCAAACAUUAUAUUGUGAAAAUAUGUAUAUAUGUAGUGUUGGAUUUUCUAAAAAUGGAGGUAGAGAAUUAGCCAUGUAUGAUAUUAGAAAAGAUUUGAAAUGUUUACAAAGAAUUUCCAUUGAUAAUGGUGGUUCAGUUUUAACACCAUUUUAUGAUUCAGAUAUUAAAUUACUAUAUUUAGUAGGUAGAGGAGAUGGUAAUAUUAGAUUUUAUGAAUUAGAAGGUGGUAUUAUGCAUUAUUUAAAUGAUUAUAAUUGUCAAUCUACAUCUGCAUCUGUUGAUUGGUUACCAAAAUGGAAAUUAAAUGUUAAUAAUUUUGAAUUGGCUAAAUUUUUAAGAUUAACAAAUGAAAAAACAAUUGAAACUCUUUCAAUGAGAGUUUCUAGAAAAUCAAAUAUUGAACAAUAUUUUCAAGAAGAUAUAUUUCCAGAUACUUGGAAUGGUCAACCUAUUUAUAAUAAUACUAAUCAAUGGUUAAAUACUAUUAUUAAUAAUAAUACUACUUCUAUUAAUAAUAAUACUAUACAAAGUAAUAUUAAUAAUAGUAAUGGUAAUGGUAAUGAAAAUUUGAAUGAAAAUGAAUUAUUACAAACUAGACCAACCAUGUCAUUAAAACCAUCUGAUAAAAUAUCUAUCUAUGAUGUACCUAUUAGUGAAGGUGGUAAAAUUAGACCAUCCACUACUAAUUUAAGUAAAUUACAUUCAUCAUCAUCUUUAAAUAGUAUUGAAAAUACUCCAACUACUACAUUAGAUACCCCAACUACUAUUACAAAUUAUAAUACAAAUGAACAAGUUGAUGAUGAAUUUAAAGAUUUAAAUGAAAAUCAACAAUUUGAUGACAAUGAAGAAGAAGAAGAAGAAUUAAUUACCAUUAAUACAAAUCAUCAUCAUCACCAUCAUCAUCAUCAUGAACAUAAUCAUAAUAAUUUUAAUGAUUUAAAUGAUAUAGAUUCAUUAAUGUCACCAACAGAAGCAACUUCCAAAUCCAUUUCCAUUGGAUUAGUUUCUAGUUUAGGUAAAAAUGUAGCACUUGCAUCAGCUCAUAUUCCAUGGUAUAAAAGAAUUACAAUGGGAAUGGGUUAUUAUUUAGGAAUGGCAAUGUUUUUAAUAUUUAAAUUUACAUUCAUUUCAAUACCUGUUUGGGUUUAUCGUAAAUCUACUGGUUACACUCCUCCACCUAUUAAGGAACGUUUCGAACAAGUACCUGUUAUUAAGGUUAUUAAGAAACCUUCAAGAAAAGUUUCAUCAAAUAUCAAUUCUUCUACAAGUGUUAAACGUAAUAUUGUUGGUGGUGGUGCUAAUACUAAUAAUAAUAAUACUGAUAAUAAUAAUAUAACACCUACUACACCAAAUGAUUAUAUUAAAUCAUCAGUAUCUAAUACAUCAUUAUCAUUAACUCCACAAACUCCAAGUGGUAGCGGCAAUAAUUUAAUCAUUUCAGAUCCACUUGCAAGUGAAUCAAGUCGAUUACUAUCACGUGAAUAUGGUAGAAUUAUUAUGGAAGAAUAUAUUGGUAAAUUAACUAAAGAAGAUAUAUUUCCUAAAAGAGCACAUGAUAAAGAUACCAAUCUAAAACAAGUUCUUGAAAUUGAUGUAGUUGACUUGAAAAAAGGUCUCACUCAUGUACUAAUUUGGGUAAAAGGACGUAAAAAAUCGAGAGCAACACUUGCACCACUUUAUUGGACAAGUUUAAAUCAUAAUGAUUGUUUCAUUUUGGAUUGUGGUAAAAUUUGUUACAUUUACAAUGGACAAUAUUCUAACAAAUUAUGUAGAGCUAAAGCAUUAGAUAUUUCACAAAUGAUUAAAUAUAAGGAAAGAGGUGGUGAUUGUCAAGUUGUAAUUAUUGAUGGUAUUGAUUAUUCUAAUAAUGGAAAUAAUUCUAAUAAUAAUUCUAAUAACAAUGACAUGACACCAUUAUAUAAAAAACAAGUAUUACAAUUUUGGAAAGAAUUAGGAUUAACAAGUGAAAAUGAAUUUUGUGAAUUAUUAAAUAUUCACUUUCCUAAAAAGGAAGAUUCUAGUAGUAGUAGUAAUAAUAAUGUAUUAAACAGAUUAAAAUUAACAGAUAAAUCUAAAUUUACAUCAAAAGAUGAAUUAAAUGAUGAUUUAUAUCAACAAUUUAAUGAUUUAGGUCAAAGAUUAUAUAAAUUAAAUUCAGAAAUCUUUGAAGAACUUCCACUAAAAAUAGAAUUAAAUGAAACACAAGAUGAAUACAUAGAAAGAAUAUCACCAUAUAUGUUAAGUGUUAUAAAAUUAAAUCAAAUACCAGGUGGUGAAAUUGUAAAUUUAAAAGAAUUAGAAAAUUUAUUAAAUAAUGAAAAGAAUUUAAUUGAUCCAAAUAAGGUAUCAGAAAUUACACAACCAUCACAUCAUGUUUUACAUUCUGAUCAAUGUUACAUUUUUGAAAGUUUAUUUACAAAUGAAGUUUUCUUUUGGAGUGGAAAACAAAGUAAUUUAAAUAUUAGAAAAUGGGGAAUUGCUAUUGCUAAAAAAUUAGCACAAUAUAGAUCUUUAAAUAAUAAUCCAUUUUCAUUGAAAAAUCCAAUUUUACAACGUUUUAAAUCUAUUUUAAAUAAUUCUAUUAAUAUUACUAUAAAUGGAAGUAAUUCUAUAAAUGGAAAUCAAUUACCUAAUAAUAGAAAAUAUUUAUCAUCCAUUACACGUGUUAUAGAAGAAGGUGAACAUUCUAUUUAUAAACAAAAAUUUAGUGAUUAUCCAGGAAUGUUAAUGAUUCAAACACAAUCACAAGAAUCACGUGGAAAUGUUGCAGAAAAAAAGAAACAAUCAAAAAUUAAUUUUUUAGAAUUAUUAAAAUCUAAAAAUAAUUUAAAAGAAGAAUUAAAAUCUAAUUCACAAAAACAAUUUAUUGAUCCAACUUUAGUAACUACCAUAUAUAGUAGUAAAAUUAGAAUGUGGAGAGUGAGUGAUUUUCAAAAAAUACCAUAUCAACAUUUAGGUCAUUUCUUUACAGGUGAUGCAUUUAUUAUUUUAUUUACCUAUACAAAAAUAGAAGGUGGUAAAUCUUUCCAUAAAUUAUUCUUUUGGCAAGGAAGAGAUAUUAAAAAGAAAGAUAAAGGAACAUCUGCAUAUAAAACUGUUGAAAUUAAUGAAAUGAUUGAUGAAGGUGUUGUAGAAAAUCAAAUUAGAGUUGUACAAGAUAAGGAACCUAAACUAUUUUUAGAUUUAUUUAAAUUUAACCCAAAUAGUAUGGAAGAGAGUACUACUAUUGAAAAUGAUAAACAUUAUAAGAAGGUACCUUAUUUUAUUCAUAAGGGUAAAUAUAGACCUUCUGUUUUGGAAUCUUUUGAAAAGGCUAACAAAUUAUCUUCUAUUAUUGGUAAUAUUUCUAAUAAUAAUAAUAAUGGAAAUAUUAAUCCAAAAUCAUCACCAUUACCAAAAUUAAAUAUUUCUAAUAAUACAAAUGAUAAUAAUAAUACAAAUAAUACCACUACAACUACACCAACAACACCUACAAUUUCAAAUGAUGAAGAAAUGAAUCUUGCACCUGUUAAAUUAUUUACUUCCAUAAAUGGAAAUUUAGAUGAAAAUGAAAAAUUUUCACCUCAAAUUUUACAAUUCCAAACAGAAAUGAUUGAAAGAAUAAUUUCUAAAAAUAUAAAAUUAGAAUAUUUAAAAUCCUAUGAUUUUAGAAAUGGAAUUUUAUGUGAAACUGAUGAUUUACAUCCAAAUUAUUUAAAUCCAUUUAAUUUAAUAAUUUUUUCAAAUUUAAAUUUUAAUGUUUAUUUAAAUAGAAUUGAACUAAAUAAGGAAAUUGAACAAGAUGAUUUAAAAACUAUUAUUUAUUAUGGAAAAUAUUGUAAAGAAUCUGAUAAGAAAUUUAUUGAAAAUAAUGUUUUAAAUUUAUUUAAUAAUAAUAAUAUAAUUACUAUAAAUGGAAAUAAUCAAGAAUUAUUAGAAAAUGUAUUUACUAAGGAAAUUGAUCCAACAUUUGAAUAUUUUAUUUCUAGAUUUAAUAAUUAUUUAAAUACUUUUGAAUUUAAAAAUAAUUAUAAUAUUUCCUUUUAUAAUAUUAAUGAUCAUUCAGGUGAAUUUACUUUAAAUAGAUUGGAUCCAUUUGGUGAAAUUGAUUUAUCUUCUUCACAAGCCUUUAUUUUAGAUUGUCUUGAUUUAGAAGGUAAAAUCUAUGUUUGGAUUGGAAUGUUAUGUAAUAUUGAAACAAAGAAAUUUGCACUUUCAACUACCAUUCAAUAUUACUAUACAUGGAAAUCACAAACUUGUAAUGAUGAAUUUUAUAAGAAGAAACCUCAAAAUGAUGACAUGGAUGAUUUUGAUCCAAGUAAAUUUUUACAAAAAUCAGAUGAACAAUCAUUACUUGUCAUUCAAGAAAUGGAAGAACCACAAGAAUUUACAAAACAUUUCAUUUCAUGGUCAAUUAAUUCAACUUCAUUCAAAGUUAGAUUUAAACAAUUACAAGAUCCAAAUUUAAUUUCAAAGGGUUUUGUUAAAACACCAAGAACUCCAAGAAGAUCAAAUAUUAAUGUUCAAAUUUCUAAACAUGAAAAGAAUUUAUUUGAACAUUCUUCAUCCAUUUUUGAAAUUGAACAUUGUUCAAAUGUUUUACAAUUAUAUAACAAAUUAUUUACUCACAAAACUUAUAGUUAUGCAAUUUUAACAAGUGGUGCAAAUAUUCCAGAAGGUAUUGAUAAAUCUAAAUUAGAAUCUUAUUUAUCAAAUGAAGAAUUCCAAAAAGUAUUUGGAAUGGAUAAAAAGAAAUUUGCUACUUUACAAAAUUGGAAACAAACCUCUUUGAAAAAGGAAAAGAAUUUAUUUUAA